AUGUUUUUGUUGGCCCAAGAAGAAGAGCCAUUUGCUCCAAUGAGCAAGAAGGAUCAAUCCUACAGCGAAACCCCCACGGGGUUUUUAACUGCCGUGCCUUACGAAAUUCAACUUACAUUUAAUCAAGCAUCUGGUGCGCAUCCUGGUACGGCGCCGCCGCCUGACUGUGGUGUUGAUGUUGUUGAUGAUGAUGAUGAUGGAAGCCCGUCCUCCCACCCGCCGGAAAGUAGCUUCCGCUCGACAUCGGCACGGGGAAGCCCACCCCCGGCGGCGGCGGCCUGGCGGCGGCGACCCUCUCGAGUGACUGCACCUGAUUCUUAA